GAGAUAAAAAUAUAUAUAAAAGAAAACGAAUAAAUAAGAACACUUGCAAUGCCCUGCUUUAUGCGUGAGAAGAGUCUAUCACGCCGCCCUCGGCGUGAUAAGGCGCCCGAACGAGAUGUAUUGGCGCCCAAGCCAGUGCAUCCUCGCGCCUUGAGAUUCCAUGGACUCUUUGGUAUGUCCUAUGUGCGCCAGCAUGUGAUGGUUGACGAUCGAUGGACGCCCAACUCAUUGACCGAGGAAUUCGGGGGCAUGUCUCAAUUGUUGGCCCGUCGUGCGGUCUUCAAGCGGCACGAGACAAAGGCCAAUCGGCAGCGCUACUUUCUAGAAAGUAAACGGUUGAAAUUACAGUGUCGCGAUGGACGGUCUAAGCUUCAGAAAAUACUUACCGGAGAUAAUACCCACAAGAUUCGCAAUUUCUUGACCAACCACAGGGACAUGCAGCGUCUGUACCAGAGAAUGCCCAUACACCUGGUCGUGGAUAAUAUCAAUCAGCGUACAUUUGUCCUGCGCAAGGAGCGGGAUCGUCUGGAGUGUCGAUUGGUUCAACUAAAAAGUCGAUACCGAGAUAUGCUAAUGAAACGCGCCAUGCUGGAAAAUCGUAUCAAGUAUCAAAACGAAUAUGUGUUGGAUGAGGAGAUCAAAUCGCGUGGUUUCAUCAAAAGAAUUGAGAAUUCGAAUGUGCGCUUGAAGGCCAUCAAGGCCAUCAACUCGACAUAUAUGAAAAUGAUACAGGUGCUACGUCACGAUGCAAUCUUUUAUGAGCCAAUUCUGCGUUCUCUUGAUGGGGACAUGGAGGAUCAGGCGAAUUUCAUAAAGCACAUACUCUAUUUGGGUAUGCCGGCCAUAGCCAAGUUUAAGGAGCUUAACUACGAGUACCGACAGCUGGAGGAUAAGUCUCGGAAAAAUCUUCAGGCUAAGCUACAUAUGUUGUCCUCAUUUAAAAUCGCAAAGCCACUCGGUUCUUUGCUGGCAACGCGUGGCAAGGCCAAAGAGGAGAUCCCACCCAGCGCAGAUCCCAAGCGCUAUUUGAGGGAGACGCGCAGCAUGCUCGUGCUCAAGCUAAUGCUCAAGUCCGUCGAGAAGACAAUUAGGGAGGUGAAGUUUGUGACACUUUGCUCGCAGGCGCGGGAGAUUUAUCCACGCAUGAAGAGCCAAGUGGACAACAAUGAGAAGCUCCAUCGCAUCAUCGAGUGCGAUAUGUUGGCUCAUGAGAUGCUCGAGACGAAAAUGAAAUGCGCCAAUGUUUUGAAGGGUGUACUGGUGAACAAUCUAUCCGAGGAGGAGAUCAAUCGGCUUGAGCGCAUUAAGGAUUUGCGCAAAAUGUUUGCAUCCGAAACGGAGUACGAGCAGUCGACUUUAACCUAUCUGAAAAAUCGCGGCGAUGCCUAUGUCAUGUUGCGCGUAAGUAUUUGGAAUCUUAUUGAAAUACUACGGCACGUAGAUCGCCAGCCAAAAUUAUUGCGUUCUCACUAUCCGAAUUCGUAUUUGAAGUUGCCACUUCUCAAAUUCGAAAUGCUCAAUAUGCGCGCCGCAGCACCAGAGAUUUACGAGGAAAACAUUGAUAUUGUGAUGCACGUAUUGAAGCGUAAGGUGUACAAAUUGAUGAAGGGCUACUUGAUGGAAAUGAAACCGGCAAUUUUAGCUCGCAAUAGGGAAGAGUAUCAUGCCGAUUUCCUUGCCAGCCUCGAAUUGUUCGAGCAAGUCGAUGAGGAUGAGCAGCAGGUCGUGUCGCCCGGAGAUGAUCUACUUACGGAGAACAAGACAAUGGCAAAUGUGCCAAAUCGCAAACAGAUAAAGGCGCAGAGUAGUAAAUUCUUAGAGGAACUGGCAAAACGGGAUGAAUAACCCACAUGUAUCUCUUUUAAUUUAAACCAACAAAAUUUUAAGUCUUAAAUAUUUAAGAGAGCUGAUGGCCAAACUUUUAAGAGUCUACACACAUCCGAUUGUAGAGUAAUGCAAUGAAUUUGGUCAUAAUAAAUAGUAACAUGAGGA